AAUCUAGGGAGUUCAAUUAGCUAUAUAUUCAGUGUACUAGUAACCCUUCUGCGCGUGUGUAAUACGCGCCGGGGGUGGUUAGUCGAUGGUUCGGUAUACGAACGUGAAAAAUUGCAAUUUCGACGAAGAUUCGUUUGAUGUUGUUUGUGUGAUUUGUACCCUGGAAGGCGAUAUCGCGUGUACUUUUUUUCUAACUUAGAGUUUUUUGAGAAACGACAUUUAGAUAAGCGACAAGUGUGAGAAAAGCAACAAUAGAACUGUAGCGUAUAGUACGCACGCGGUGUCUAAAAAUGGCGAAGGUGUUUCGCGCGGUGACAGUAUCGACUUUGUCAAACAAUGGACAGUCAACAGCGAAAUAUAAUAAGCCGGUCACAGUCAAUAUUAACUAUGAUCCGCAAGGUCUCAGUGUUGAGUUUCUUGCAGGAGAUUCUGUGGGUAGAGAUAAAACAACACUGUUGGAAUUUCCAGUAACUCCUAGUACUGAAUGCUCAAGAGUAUCAUCUAAAAGUUAUGUAUUUACGCUUGAUACAGAUAGUUUACUUAUAACAUUUGCCAAUGAAACAGAUUUUAGAAACUUCCAUUCACAAAUAUUAAAACUGAAAAAUGGUAAAGGUGUGUCUGCAUUUAACGAAAGAACCGAAGAAUCAUCUGCCAUGCAAUACUUUCAGUUCUAUGGUUACCUAUCCCAGCAACAAAAUAUGAUGCAAGAUUAUAUUAGGACCAGUACAUACCAACGAGCAAUUCUGGGGAACCUGUCUGAUUUUAAAGAUAAAGUUGUUCUAGAUGUCGGUGCUGGUUCUGGGAUAUUGUCGUUUUUUGCGGUUCAAGCAGGUGCAAAAAAAGUAUACGCAGUAGAAGCAAGUAAUAUGGCAAAUCAUGCAGAGUUAUUAGUCGCUGCGAAUAAUUUAUCAGAUAAGAUCAUUGUCAUAGCUGGUAAAAUAGAAGAAAUUGAUUUACCUGAAAGAGUAGACUGCAUAGUAAGCGAACCUAUGGGUUACAUGUUGUAUAACGAAAGAAUGCUUGAAACUUAUCUUCAUGCAAAAAAGUGGCUAGUUCCAAGUGGAAGAAUGUUUCCUUCCCGGGGUGAUCUGCACAUUGCACCAUUUUCUGACGAAAAUCUUUACAUGGAGCAAUUCAAUAAAGCUAAUUUUUGGUAUCAAACGUGUUUCCAUGGUGUAGAUCUCUCAGCAAUGAGAAAUAAUGCAAUUAAAGAGUACUUUAGACAACCAAUUGUUGAUACCUUUGAUAUAAGAAUUUGUAUGGCUAAAUCUAUCAGACAUAUAGUAGACUUUCAAACUGCUAAUGAGACUGAUUUACAUAAAAUAGAAAUUGAUGUUGAUUUUCAUAUACUGGAAAGUGGCACCUGUCACGGGCUUGCAUUUUGGUUCGACGUUGCAUUUAUUGGAUCGACACAACAGGUUUGGUUAAGUACAGCUCCCACGGAACCGCUUACACAUUGGUACCAAGUUCGUUGCCUCUUGGAAAAUCCAUUGUUCUGUAAAAGUGGUCAGUUAUUAUCAGGAAAAGUAAUUCUUGUAGCAAAUAAAAGACAAUCAUACGACGUGACAAUAGAACUGAAGUUAGAAGGAACGAAUAUGGAAAGUAGUAGUAAUACUCUGGAUUUGAAAAAUCCGUACUUCAGAUACACUGGUGCAGCAGCACAGCCACCUCCUGGUUUAAACAAUACCUCGCCUAGUGAAUCGUACUGGACGACUUUGGAUGCUCAGGGUGCUAGGCAAGCAGUAAACAUGGUUAAUGGAAUGUCAGUAAACGGUUUGGGAGAAGUCUCUAUGGAUGCAACCGCAGCUGUAAAUCCUAGCAAUUUACUUGCAAUUGGAGGUCAACCAAACAUACACCCUGGUUCAAUUUCGAGUACAGGACGAGGACGAGUGGGAGGUACAGCGACAAGUACACAAGCGGCACAACUAAUAGGUGGUGGAAUAACUCCGAACAUGUUCACAUCUCCUGCGACGCUUGGUGUUACUUUCCAGCAAUCGCUGGUCCUUGGCAAUACCUCACAUUACCCAGUGAAUCCAAGCUUGAUGAUCGGAGAUUACGUGACACCUGGUAACGGGAUAUCGUCUCAAACUUAUCGGCAAUGAUCAAUGGCGAAAUCAUUUUGCACCGAGUAUUCCCAUACGACAAAACAGUUAAACGAUCGUCAUAGCAGUAGCAGUAGCGGGGACACCGGCAACAAUAAUAAGCAAACCCGCAAGUUGGUGUUUAGUUCUCCAGCAAGCAAAUUACGACUAUCGUCUGCGGUUCGAAUUUUGAACGCAGUCAAUCUGGCCAAUCUUAAUUCGAACAUUGGUCAAGUUAAUAAUAAUAACAACAAUAACCACAAUCUUGCUUACUUUAACAAAGUUAUUAUCGGUUCUGGAUUCGGAUUUGGAUGGAGUGCGAGAAGAAAUAAGUCACAAUGGGAAGCACGUUGGAGGAGAGUGCGAACCGUCCUCUCGUAGUUGUCAUUAAUUUUUAUCUAAUUUUAUUUAAUUCUCCCCUCGAAGUGUUGAUCUUCCAGAUCGUAAAUGCAUGCUUGCCAAAUGUACCCGGGAUAAAUCAUAUUUUUUAACGACAAUACAAUUUUACUAUGCAUAAAUGUUCCAUGCGACACUAUUGUACACGGGGUCCUGAUAUCAUUUUGUACAUCAAGAACGAAUAACAUGAGCAACCAGCAAGAGUAGUAACACAUUGCAAUUUCUCCCUUUUCGUUUCGCGUGCUUUCGAAACUUUCAUUAUCGGUAAUUAUGCAUCUACUAAGCUUUUUACAUUGUACACGGGCUUGGUUGAGCGAUUUUUACAUGACUAGGGUAUAAUAUAUAACGUUCCGAAUAUUUCGAAAAAGUGCAAAAAGCAAUAAUUCAAUUAGGGAUACGAUAUGGAGCACUCUGUGGCAUUGCCUGUUAUUUAUCUACCUUUUUUUGUUUUUUUUUUAAGGUGAUUACAUUCAACGUAUUUGUUCUAUAUCUUUUUUUUUCUUUCAUUAAAAUACAAAAAAAAAUAUAUAUAAUAAUAGUACGUCCAACUUGAGAAUGUCAGUUAACUACUGUACUGUUGUCUUUGUUUUUAAUUAAUAAUACUUUCAAUCAUUAUUUAUAAUUCAUAAGAGAAAAAUUGUAUAUAAUAAUUACGCAAAUCGAACGAUCCAAUGAUAUAAUUUAUGAUAAAAGUAAAAAAAAUUGAUAUUCCAAUACAACAAUGAUAACUUAAGUUGCGGUUCAUAUUUAGACGAUUUAUUAUUGUAUUAUUGCAAUGUACAGAUUUUAGGAGUAGCAUGUACAGGCACAAUUUCAAAUUUGUGACAUUGUAUUACAUAUCGGCCUUUGGUCAAUAGGAUUAAUUCUAUACUUUUAAUGUACUUCUCUUAUAGUAGAAUUACCGCCUAUGUACGUCUCUUAAUAAUUAGUCAUUUCAUUGAGUAACCAAAUUUUCUUUUUUUUAUUGCCAACGAUGUUUACUACUUCUGUAAAAUAUUAUCAUUUAUGAUACUUCAGUAUUUAUAAACUAGGAUUAUACAUACAAAGAACUGAGGAUAUGAUAAGAUAAACGGAUUCCAUUAAUUUUCUCUUUUUCAGUAUAAUUAUGUUCAUAUGUUUGUGCCUAUGUUUUUCUUAUAAAAUAGAAGGUUUACAAAGUCCGUUUAUUUCAUUAUCUUACCGUGCAAAAAAAAUUUAGUUACACAAUGAGAUAGAGUUAAGAAAACAAUUUUUUUAUGGGCUUGAGAUAAUCACUUAUUUAAUUCUACUGAAUGACUAAGAAUUUAUUUCCCAAUUAAAAGUACAGGUAAUCUCCUGAUAAUGAAAUAUCCUCGCAACAUUUGUAUAAUUGUAGUAAGCAUGAGUCAAUACUCAUUUUGAUGGUGUUCUUAUUUCAUAGUAUUUAAAUAAUAUGAGCUUGCAAGAUCCAUAAAGAAACGUGAUUUUAAACUUAAAAUACUUUUCAAAGAUAUUUCUAUUCUCGAAGUUCAACUUAUAGUUCUUUCUUUUUUAUAUAUAUAUAUAUAUUAUAGAAAAAUAAAACCUCUGAAACUGAUCAAAUUCCUUUUCAUAUCAUCCCUAAUUUAGAUGGUUUCUGCUCCCUGUUUUUAUAUAAUUUUAUAUGCUAAUUUAAUAAAUACAACCCCCCCCCCCCCCCAUAAUCGGAGGGUUACCUGUCACUCGAAUAAUUGUACAUAUGAUAUUCUUAAUUUUUUCAAGAUCUCGAUAUAACAUUUAAGUCUCAUUAGUUCCUAAGGAGUGCUCUUUAUUUGUUAUCUGCACAAAUUUGCUUCUCGUUUUAAGGCGCUUACUCAUUUUACAUAUUUGAAAAAUUGCUUUCUCGCUUGUGUAAUUACUUUUGAGAGAAGCAAACCAUUCGUUUUUAAAACAGCUUGUAGUAUUACGACUUAAUUAUCUAGGAAACCAUAUUUCUUCGAUUAUUUUGUGAUCGAAUAUUUCCAUAUAAUUUUUCACUGAAUAGUACUAAAACUGUAAAUAAUUUUGCUAAUAUUCUUUGAUGUUUGCUUAAGAACAUAUUGUAUUUAGUAUUUGAAAAUCUGACUGCAGGCAUUCCACAAGUGCUGAUAACAUUAUACAAUUCGUUAUUAUAUAACAAAAUACAUGCUUCUUCCAGUCUCAUUCUUUCUCUUCAAACAAAAAAACAAAACAAAAAAAAUCUAAGGAACAUUAAAAGCAAUAUUUAGAAUUGAACGCCUACUAAAGUAUUAGUUUAACUGUGUGUGUUUUAAGUUUCUACAGGAGAGACAAAAGAUUGAAUAAAACUAAGCAUACCUUUUGAUAUUUUUUUCUAGAUAUUGCUUUCAGUGUUGGCGUGUGUACGUUCGUGUGUAUGUGUUUUCUUUUUUCGUUUUAGAAAAUUUUUAAACGACUGAAAGAUACAAAAUGUCUCAGGUAGCCAUGCGAGUUUAAACGAAAACAAACACUGUACAUUUUUCCACUAUUUUCUUAAAAUAUGCGUUUAUCCGUUGAAAAUUCUAAUUUUACAUAAAUAUGAGUUCUCUUUUACCCGUAUAUACCAUGAUAUUGAACUUAAUAAAUACCAUAUUGCUUUUACCGCUUUUAUAAAAGUUUAUGUGUUAGUAAAGAAAUUUGUUACCCGAUAAUGCCAUUUCUGAUAUUGUUUUUACAACUUGUGAAGUUUUCCUCUAACAUGUGAUAUACAAAGAGUUAUCAAGAGACAUAGGGAAUAUUAAGUACUGAUUUAUUUACAACAGGAAGUCUUCAAUUUAUGAAGUGUUGAGUACAAUAACGUUCUUUGGUAAUAUUAGAUAGUUAAAGCACUCUAUUCCAAUACUUCCUGUAAUUAAUUUUUUUUUUUUUUAUUAAAACUAAAGAGUUAUUGCUUUUAAUCUGACUUCGUUGCAGUAAAUCAAAAUUUCUUAUUUAUUAUUCAUUCUACAUAGAGAAAAUGUGUACUUAUAUUAUUUAUCUAUAGUCUUAUAGUUCCAAUGAGUAUCAAAAUUUUUUCUUCAUCAUCUGUUGUAAUAAAAUAUUAUAAAACAUCACGAGUUUCUUACUAAUUUAUAAAGUUACAUUUCUGAAUAACUGUAAAUGAUAAUUUGAUAAGAUUAUUUAGAAUUUACCGUAAUGUAUUAUCAAUAAGUAAUCAGUAGUUGUACAUAAGCUCAAUGAUUACAUUGCUUUUAAGAAAUUGUCUUUUAAUCACGAUAAAUAAUAUCCACGUCAUUUUUUGUUUGAUUUAGACUGCUUAAGAAACGGAAAGAGAAGCAAAAAGAGACUAAAUGGAUACCCUUAAAUUAGACGACAUUAGGAUCCCAACAAAGAUAUGUUCAGCUUUGUGAAAUGCAUACGUAAAUGUGAUUAUCACAUUAUCACAUUUAUGUAUGUACACGUUCGUGAUAUAUAAAAGUUUGCCUAUGUCUUUUUUAUGUAACGAUGAUAUCUGUAUGUAUAAACGAAUCAUGUUUUAUACGAUUACAACAAUUACAAAAUCCGCUUAUACACACUCGUGCAUUGUAUUUCGAUUAUUUUACAUUUAGUGCAUGGACAAUUAUCCUGUAAUUAUUCUCAGGUGAAUAUGCCAUAAAGUUCGAUAUGUACGAUGUGGAUUGAUUGUCCUGAACACCAGGAAAUAAUCGAAUAGAAUUAGAAUCAAAUUAAACAUUGAUAUGCAUUGUACUGAUACAUCAUAGCAUUUAUAAACUCCAUCUAAUGGUACAUCGAAGAGGAAUUGUACACAAAAUAAAAAGUCUUUGAUGCAUAAAUUAAAUUGAUUGAACAAGCUAAAUCCUUAAGAAACAUAAUUUGAUUCACUGAUUCAAUUUACAUUAAUCUAUCCGACAGUCAAAUUUAAUAUUAGAGCGAAUCAAAUUUAGUUUGAAUUUCUUGUCAAGUAUUUAAUACAGUUUUUGUAUGAACACAUUAUAUUACAAUAAUGGUCUGAAAUUUUAUGUACUACUGCAUAUCGUUUUUUGUAAUAUGGAUUGGUAUAUGAUAUUUUAAUUCGUGUAUAAUGUAUGUGUAAAGAAAAAAAUGUAAGAAAUUUUAUCUUUCUUCAAAGAUUUAGUUGAAUGAGAUAGAAAGUAAGCACAGUAUUUAAGAAAGAAGUGUAACAUGUUAGAACAGAUUUGCUUAGUACUUGCAAUUUACUUAUUUGUAAAGUAUUGAAUUUUGUAUUCUGCCAAUGUUUCUACAGACAAAUGAAAAACAAAAUCACUCACUCAGAUAUUACAUCCCAGAUCUGAGAUUAAGUUGAAAUAAACUUAUUUACUUCAA